GACGCGUUCCACACGAAAAGCGCGUUUAGAGACGCGCCAUGGAUUUUUUUACUUCUUCCCCUCUGUCCAAAUGCCCCUUAUCACAAAACAACAUGAACUUAGCAACUCAACAUUAGAUUCUCAAGACUUUCCCCCCCCCCCCACUUAUGCCACAUCCUUCUCUAUUAAACCACUAAGAACUACCGUGGCAUCCCGUGCUCCAACUAUUUACUCUAAUUAACUAUAUUAACCUCACGAAAUAACAAAACAAUCAAGAAUUGAGGCAUCAUGGAUAGUUUUAUGCUUCGCGAUGAAGCAGCCAAGGAGCGCAUUCGCUUGGCCGAAGAAUUCCUUGAUCCUCAUGAUCAACAUGCGAGGAGUUAUAGAUCCGAUAUCAUCCUAAUGCUGCAGAAGAACCAGAGACGGUUAGUCGUCAACUUAGACCACGUUCGUGACCACAACACAGAACUCGCAGACGGCUUAUUAUUCGAUCCCUUUGAUUAUACCUUGGCCUUCAACCAUGCCCUCAAGGAGAUCGUAAAAACCAUCCCUCAAGCACGACCCGAUCAAACCGACCCGGAUGUUUUAUACUACUGUGCUUGGGCGGGCAGCUUCGGCCUAAAUGCUUGCAAUCCGAGAACACUGUCGUCAAACCACCUGAACCACAUGGUAUCGAUCGAAGGCAUCGUUACAAGAUGUUCGCUCAUAAGACCAAAGGUUGUAAAGAGUGUACAUUACAACGAGAAGAAAAAUAUUUUCCACUUCCGCGAAUAUCGUGAUCAGACUAUGACCAACGGCGUGACCACAUCAAGUGUCUAUCCUCAAGAAGAUGAGGAGGGUAACCCACUCUUAACAGAAUACGGGUUCUGCACGUAUCGGGACCAUCAGACAAUUUCCAUACAAGAAAUGCCUGAAAGAGCUCCCGCUGGCCAACUUCCCCGUGGUGUAGAUGUCAUUUUGGAUGAUGAUCUAGUCGACAAGGUGAAACCCGGUGACAGAGUCCAGCUUGUCGGGAUUUUUCGAACACUGGGAAACCGAAAUACGAACCACAAUAGCGCCCUUUUCAAGACUAUAAUUCUAGCGAAUAACGUCGUUCUUCUCUCAUCCAAGGCAAGCGGCGGUGUAGCAACAGCGACCAUUACCGACACCGACAUCCGUAACAUCAACAAGGUUGCGAAAAAGAAAAACCUCUUCGAGCUUCUGUCACAAUCAUUGGCGCCCAGUAUCUUCGGUCACGACUAUAUCAAGAAGGCGAUCCUAUUGAUGUUACUAGGUGGUAUGGAGAAGAACUUAGAAAAUGGCACACAUCUCAGAGGUGAUAUCAACAUUCUCAUGGUCGGUGAUCCGUCCACGGCUAAGUCUCAACUUCUACGCUUUGUGCUCAAUACUGCACCAUUGGCCAUUGCAACAACCGGUCGUGGUUCGUCAGGUGUCGGUCUAACAGCUGCGGUUACUACUGACAAGGAGACUGGCGAAAGGAGGCUAGAAGCUGGUGCUAUGGUCAUGGCAGACAGAGGCGUUGUCUGCAUUGAUGAGUUUGACAAAAUGUCGGAUAUUGAUCGAGUUGCUAUCCACGAAGUUAUGGAACAGCAAACGGUUACUAUUGCCAAAGCCGGCAUUCAUACAUCUCUCAAUGCCCGCUGUAGCGUCAUCGCAGCCGCCAAUCCUAUUUUUGGCCAAUACGACACUCACAAGGACCCGCAUAAGAACAUUGCCCUUCCGGAUUCUCUCCUAUCGCGUUUCGAUCUUCUAUUCGUUGUCACGGAUGAUAUCGAAGACACCCGGGAUCGCCAGGUCUCCGAACACGUCCUACGUAUGCAUCGCUAUCGGCAGCCUGGUGCUGAUGAGGGUGCUCCAGUUCGCGAAAACGCUCAACAAGCUCUCAGUGUUGCACUUCAAAGUCAAGACGCCGCUCAGAAGCCUACCGAAGUAUACGAGAAAUACGAUGCGAUGUUACACGCGGGUGUUACUCUCACUACUGGUCGCGGCGCCAAUAAGAAGCGGGAAGUUCUUAGCAUCCCAUUUAUGAAGAAGUAUAUCCAGUACGCGAAGACAAGAGUUAAGCCGGUACUAACCCAGGAUGCCUCGGAACGUAUUGCGGAAAUAUAUGUCGGGCUACGCAACGACGAGAUGGAAGGUAACCAAAGGAGAACAUCUCCUUUGACCGUCCGUACACUAGAAACGCUGAUCCGUUUGGCAACUGCACACGCCAAGUCACGGCUCUCGAACCGAGUAGAAGAACGAGAUGCGUUAGCAGCCGAAGCUAUCCUCCGAUUUGCCCUGUUCAAGGAAGUUGUUGAGGAUGAGUCAAAACGCAAGCGCAGACGUACUCAGCGAUUAGAGUCAGACUCGUCAGAUGAGGAUAGCGAUGGCGACGAUGGUGAUCGUGGUGACAGUAGCUACAGAGGAUCGACGGCUCGUGGUAGGACUGCCCCGUCAACUCGCACGACCGGUCGCAGCCAACCGUCCGCCAACGGCAGCCGCCGUCCUAACGGUACAAGCACCAGCAAGGGUUCCGGUACCCCCGCACGAGGAAACAACGAAGAUGAUGAAGAUGAAGACAUUUACAGCGCCACACCGCGACGAUCCAACCGAAGCGGUCCCGCGUCAUCAUCAAACGCACCCGUAACUUCCCAGGUCUCAUUCGCCUCGUCUGUGCCGGCGUCUCAACUCGAGACGCAGGAAGAGGACACGCAAGAGGACGCGGAACUAGUAGCCGGCGCAGCCGAGCUCAACAUUGACGCGCCUAUCACUCCCGAGAGAUUAACUGUGUUCCGAACGGCACUCGGACAGCUUCUGAACACAGACCUGUUCGAAGAUGACUCAGCCAAUGUGGCCCAGGUCAUUGAGGCAGUCAACAAACGCAUUGAAGGGAAGGAGACUGCUUUCCCGAGAGCGGAGGCUAUCAAGGCGCUUAAGAAAAUGGAUGACGCAAACCAAGUCAUGUAUACGGACGGAGAUUUAGUAUACAAGAUCUAAAGUGCGACAAGCACCACGGCGAGAUGUUGUUACUGUCUUAAAUUAAUUGGUUCAUUCGGCUUGACGAGUUAUGAGGACCGAUGAGUUCGAUGUGGUUAUCAUGAUUGUAUCACGGUCUUAGCAAUCCCCAUUGUUACGGCAUAUGAAGCCUACCUAGUCUGGUAUUUUAGGGCGGGUAUAACCCAAUCCCACCUAUCGAAUGGAUAUAGAGUAUUACGAAGAGACAUAAGAGAGAGGGGGUUAUGCGAUGUGACGAGCCACGCUAUUAAUGGACAUUGGUUUGGGAUGUUCGGAUAGGUUAUACAUUAGGUACCAAUAAACCUAACAUUGAGUACUA